AUGCCUCCGCCACCGAAUGACCACGGCGGAAGCAGCUCUCCUCCUCGGAGUUCCCCAGGUCGCGAUCGUGGCCGCGACGGGCGUCGGCAAGACCGGGGCGACAACCGCCCACGACGGGACGACGACCGCGACGCCCGCAGAUCCAAUCCACGACCCAGAUCCCGCAGCAGAUCAAGGCAGCGGAACUACCGCAGCAAUCGCGACCGCAGCCGCAACGGAGACCGACGUGAUCGUCACCGAUCUAGAAGCCCAGGAGGCCCUCGAAGCAGCCGUCGCGAUGGCCGUGAUCGCGAUGAGCGUAGGUCCUCCAGAGACCGUCCGCGGCGCCCACGAUCGCGAUCGCGCUCGCCCCGACGCCCUCGUCAAACCUCCCCACCAGCCGUCCAACGACGCGGGCCUCUACCUUCGCAAGCUGACGCUUUCACAACUGAGGUUGCACCUCCGGGCAGCGGGCCACCGCCACCGGAGAAGCAAAAACCUAAUUUCAAGAAUACGGGCCGUCUAGCAGCAGAGAGCAAUACUGUUCAGGUCCAAGGUGGCGAGGGGGUCGUGCUGAAAUACCAUGAACCUCCCGAGGCGCGGAAACCACCCGCCAAAGAACCAUGGCGAAUGUACGUCUUCAAGGGCGAAGAUUUGGUGGAAAUGGUCGAGCUGAGCGAGCGAAGUUGCUGGCUGGUGGGCCGUGAACGAGCUGUUGUGGAUUUCCCGGUGGAUCAUCCCAGCUGCUCGAAGCAACAUGCGGCAUUGCAGUUCCGCUACGUCGAGAAACGGAACGAGUUCGGAGAUAAAAUUGGCAAGGUCAAGCCUUACCUCAUUGAUCUGGAGAGCGCGAAUGGAUCUAUCGUCAAUGGGGACCCUAUCCCUCCCGGACGGUACGUGGAGGUCAUGGAUAAAGACGUAAUUAAGUUCGGCCUGAGCAGUCGCGAGUAUGUGCUUAUGCUUCCUUGA